UCAUGUGAGAAGCUGUGGAAGCACUUCGACCAGGAAAUCUCAGAUUGUUGAUAGGGCGACAGUUUAGCUGGUGACCGUCGGGGAGCGGAGAAGUUGUUUUUAGUAUAAAAAGGUUUUAGUUUUCAUUUGUGCGCCAUGGCAUCUCUAUUCAAGAAGAAGACAGUCGAUGACAUUAUAAAGGAACAGACUAAGGAGCUUCGUGGUACUCAGAGACAGAUCACUAGAGACAGAGCUGCUCUGGAGAAACAAGAGAAACAAAUGGAGAUGGAGAUAAAGAAGAUGGCUAAGUCUGGGAACCGGGAAGCCUGUAAGAUCCUGGCCAAGCAGCUGGUCCAGCUGAGGAAGCAGAAGAACAGGACCUACGCCGUCAGUUCAAAGGUCACCUCCAUGUCUACACAGACCAAGGUCAUGAACUCCCAGAUGAAGAUGGCUGGAGCCAUGUCUGCUACGGCUAAGACGAUGCAGACUGUGAACAAGAAGAUGGAUCCUCAGAAGACCCUCCAGACCAUGCAGGACUUCCAGAAGGAGAACAUGAAGAUGGGCAUGACAGAGGACAUGAUCAACGAUACGUUAGAUGAGAUAUUUGACGAGUCAGGUGACGAGGAAGAAUCUCAGGACAUUGUGAACCAGGUUCUGGAUGAGAUUGGCAUUGAGAUAUCUGGAAAGAUGGUGAGAGCCCCAGCAGCAGGGAAGAAUCUCCCCACUGCCUCUCCUAAACGGAAAACACAGAUCUCUGACGAUGAGAUAGAGAGACAGCUCAGAGCACUGGGAGUGGACUAACACACACACACACACACACACCAUGGGCUAGGUCUGUCUACUUGCAGGCUGGUGGUACAUGUGUCGGAGACUGGGAGACUGUGGCUGGUUAUGAAUAUGUAGUGACUAAAUUAUGGAAUAAUAGAAUGUCUUAUUAUGACCCAAACUACAAUCUGCUGAAGGAUGGGAUAUUUAUGUACAUACAGACAGUUGACUCCGGUGACUUCAAUGUAUACAUGAUAUUUUGGAAGGACCAAUCCUGUGGAAGGAUGAAGUAAUUAUGUUUUUUUUGUGCAAUCACAUCUUUAGGUACAGUACUAUAGACGCUGGGGAUGUCAGACUACUGACGAUGUGUCUGUCUAGUACCACUUACAUUAACUCUAGGAACUACUGACGAUGUGUCUGUCUAGUACCACUUACAUUAACUCUAAGAACUACUGACAAUGCUUGACUUUUUCACUAAUAAACUUUUUGCAUGAGAAUCUAUGGAAUCGGCUUGACCAAACUGCGUAUCCGUUAGGGACAUACAGUUGAAGUCGGAAGUUUACAUACACUUACGUUGGAGUCAUUAAAUCUCGUUUUUCAA